UCCAAGAUGAGUCUCAGCAACAAGGUGGUGAUCGUGACAGGUGCUAGCAGUGGUAUUGGUGCCGCCAUUGCCCAGGUGCUGGCCCGUGAAGGUGCCACUUUGGCCCUGGUGGGACGCAACGUGGCCAAUCUGGAGGCCACCAAGAAGAAUCUAAAGGGAGCCAAGGCUGAGAUUGUGGUGGCUGAUGUGACCAAGGAUGCAGCGGCUAUUGUCAAACAGACCCUCGACAAAUUCGGACGCAUCGAUGUCCUAGUGAAUAAUGCCGGCAUUUUGGGCAAAGGAGGACUCAUCGAUUUGGAUAUUGAGGAAUUUGAUUCCGUGUUGAAUACCAAUUUACGUGGUGUUAUCCUGCUGACAAAGGCCGUGCUCCCACAUCUCCUGAAGACCAAAGGAGCUGUGGUCAAUGUGAGCAGUUGUGCUGGACUUCGUCCCUUUGCCGGUGCCUUGAGCUAUGGUGUGUCCAAGGCUGCUCUCGAUCAGUUCACCAAGAUCGUGGCUCUGGAAAUGGCACCACAGGGUGUUCGUGUCAAUUCCGUGAAUCCUGGUUUUGUGGUCACUAAUAUACACAAGAGCAUCGGCAUUGUGGAUGAGGAAUAUCAGGGUGUAUUACAGCGGGCCAUUAACUCGCAUCCCAUGGGCCGUGUGGGUGAUGUUAACGAAGUGGCCGAGGCCGUGGCCUUCUUGGCCAGCUCCAAGGCCAGUUUCACCACCGGCGCCCUCUUUCCCAUCGAUGGUGGCAAGCACAAUCUGACGCCUCGUUAAGCGUUCUCCGUAAUUACGUUUCCUCCAUUACAUUCCUUCAUCGCUUCCUUAUACAUUUCUGGUUCUCUUCGUUUCUUUUUUUUUUUUGUUUGUU